AUGAGAGAUGAGCAGUGCGUCAUACCCUAUCACCUGGAGGGGUGAGAGCUGAUAAAUUGAAUGACCAAUUCAGCAACCUGUAGCUGUAGGGAAAGAAUAAAAAUAGUCUCUUAGCCUAGCAGUCAGCAGCACCAACCAAAAGCAAUUAAGUCUCCCUGCCGGUCUUCCAGUGCGCUCAAGGUCCGCCCGCCCACACCAUAUGAAGUGUCAAUUCAACCCCUCUUUGGGUCUACAUAUUAGACUCCUUCAUCUCAUCCUUAUUAAUGCAUUCCCAUUCAUUAUCUCUGCCAUAGACAUACAAACACAGACAUGGCUGUCUCUGUGCACUACUUCUUUCUCAUUCUUCCCACUCUCCUCCUCCUCCUCCUCCCAUUCAAGGCCACCUCUACCACUUCACACCAUCACCAUCACCAUCACCACCACCACCACCACCACCACCACGACGGCGGCAAGCUCAAAUCCCUCCACUUCACCCUCUUUCAACAGGAAACCGUCAACAAAACGGGGUACAUAAUAGUGACGGGGGUGGCCGGACCAAGCGUCGGCCAAACCACAACCCCUUUUGGCACCUUGUUCGCCUUCCAGGAUCCCCUGACCACCAAGCCCAACAUAUCUUCCAAAAUUGUAGGGACUGCACAGGGAACUACCGUCACCUCGAGCCUUGAUGGGCUUGAGAACAUUUCAGUCGCCAAGAUUAGCCUGAGCGUGAAGGGUCACAAAGGGUCCAUCUCCGUCGUCGGAGGCACACAUAACAUCAAGCCUUCCGAUCAUCCGCUGGUGGGAGGCACCGGCGACUUCAUGUUUGUUCAGGGCUACGUGACGUCGUCUCCGGUAGAUCUCAAGGGCCUCACUGUGGUCUACAAGAUUGAAUUCCACCUUUACUGGCCUCCAUAUGCUACUCAAUUUUCUUCUGCAUCCUAAGAACGCAUCAACUUCUCUUUUUUUAAGGGAAGUCCCAAGUUUCAAUUUGUGGACAUUUAGCUUUUUUUUGGCUUUUGGGGUAUGCUGAUCUUUGUUAAAUUUUAUUUUAAGAUCCGCCAUCUAGCUAUUGUGGUUGCGCUAGUUUAUAUUUUCGUCUGUGCUUUGAAUAAAGAAUUUUGUGUUUUUUAA